CGUGUCCCAUCCCACCUGCGCACCCAGCCCGGUAAUCUCCAAUUAUUCUCCAUUCUCCCCCACGGUUUAAGAUCAUUCCGUUCGCCAUGUUCAACGAGCACGUAAGAACACACAUGUACACCCCAGCUACGUACGUACGCUCGCUCGCUAGCUGCGAGCGAUGGAUCGGCACAGUAUAAAUAGAGCCCCAGUUUCAUCAGCUUUCUCAAACCACGCAGCCACGACACAUCGAUCUCCCAUCUCCUUGUGCAGCCGCUGAUCUCUAUAGCUAGCAUCCUCUGAUCCAUUGAUCAUACAAGCACUUACCUAGCUAAGCUAGCUCGCUUGCAUUUGCUAUAUAGUUUGAAUUUGUCACCCACAGCGUCGACGUUCAUGGCACCUGUUCCGGCCACCGCCGCCGCCGCCGCCCCUGCGGCCGUCGUCAGCACCCACGAGAUCCGGCGUGCGCAGCGCGCCGAUGGCCCGGCCACCGUGCUCGCCAUCGGCACGGCGAACCCGGAGACGUGCGUGCCGCAGGAUGAGUACGCCGACUUCUACUUCCGCGUCACCAAGAGCGAGCACCUGCCUGAGCUCAAGAACAAGCUCAGGAGAAUCUGUAACAAGUCAGGCAUCGAGAAGCGGUUCAUGUUCGUGAACGACGACGUCAUGGAGGCACACCCGGAGUUCGCCGACCGACACCUGACGUCACUCGACGCCAGGGUGGAGAUCGUCUCCAAGGUCGUGCCGGAGCUCGCCGCGGCCGCCUCGGCGAAGGCGAUCGCCGAGUGGGGCCGGCCGGCCACCGACAUCACCCACCUCAUCUUCAGCACCUACUCCGGCGUCAAGGCGCCCGGCGGCGACCGCCUGCUGGCGUCGCUCCUCGGCCUCCGCCCCACCGUGUCGCGCACCGUGCUCAGCCUCCACGGCUGCUACGGCGGCGGCCGGGCGCUGCAGCUCGCCAAGGAGCUCGCCGAGAACAACCGCGGCGCGCGCGUCCUCGUCGCCUGCGCCGAGUCCACGCUCAUCGCGUUCUACGGGCCCGAGGUGGGGUGCAACGACACCAUCAUCGGGCAGGCGCUGUUCGGCGACGGCUCGGGCGCCGUCAUCGUCGGCGCCGACCCGGUCGGCGCCGUCGAGCGCCCGCUGUUCGAGAUGGCGUUCGCGUCGCAGGCCACCGUCCCGGACAGCGAGGGCGCCAUCACCAUGCAGCACAAGAAGGGCGGCAUGGACUACCACAUCGGCGGCGGCGUGCCGGAGAUGCUCGCCGGCAGCAUCGAGCGGUGCCUGGCCGACGCGUUCGGCGCCAUCGGCGUCGCCGCCAGGUGGAGGGACCUCUUCUGGGCCGUCCACCCGGGUGGCCGAAGGAUCCUGGACCUCAUCGAGGAGGCGCUCGGGCUGGACAACGGCGCCAUGGCGGCGAGCCGGCAGGUGCUGCGCGAGUACGGCAACAUGAGCGGCACCACGGUGAUCUUCGUGCUCAACGAGCUGCGCCGCCGGUUCGUCGCCGACGGCGCCGAGGGAGCCGACUGGGGCGCGCUGAUGGCGUUCGGGCCGGGCGUCACCGUUGAGACCAUUUUGCUCCGCGUCGGAAGCGGCCUCAAGGGAAAUUAAAUAAACUUAAGUAAAUUUAAUUAUUUUACUUAUACAUGAAUUGCAUUCUAUUGGAAGGUAAGUCCUAUAAUAAAAUGUGUUGAGUCCUACCACUUUGUUUGUCCGUUUGGGUCAUGGACAUUUUUAAUUAGGGCAUCAAGUUGAGGGAGUAGCUCUGCUAAAAGGAGAGAUGUUUGGACCUUAACUGGGUGUUUUGGAAGUGACCUUGAACCCAAAAGUGUGGAGUAGCUAUAAUCAUGGUCAUGCAUGCCAUUUGUUAAUUACUGCUUAAUGACGAUCUUUGUAAUAUCAAAAGUUAAAUAAAUAAAGAUCUUUGUGCGCAGUUACAGUUCGUUUACACAGC